AUGGCUCAAGCACUCAAUUUUCCCGACAAAACCACAGAACCAUACGAUUCAAUUUAUAUUUUCUGUACUGAUACUGGAAAAGCCGCGCAGUGGGCAGCUCCACACUAUGAAUAUGUUAAAAUCUUCAGUUUUGAGGCCGAUCUUUUGACGCGAUUGACAAAAGAUCUGGGAGAAGAAUUCCUCAACCAUGGGCAAGAAUUGCUGGCAGCAAAUCAGAUCGAUGCAGCUGAUGAACGUCUAACCUGGGCCAAGAGUCUUUUUAUCCGUCAUGAUAAAUUGAAAUUUAUCCCGCAACCGACGCAGUCGCCAGCAAGCGUCAGCACGGAUAAACAACAGGAAAAAAUCUGUGACUUUCAGCCUACAUCGAAUCAGCAGGGAAAACCAAGUGAAAAAUUGAUAGAGAUCGACAGGCUUUUAGCAGAGGUGCACGAACGAGUAAAACAACGACGACAAGAUAAUGACCUGGAUCAUGACGAAUUACCAGCACUAGCGGUUUCGAACCAGAUAAUUAUUCGUCCAGAUCAUUGCGUAGUCUGGCUAGACGAACGGCUUGGCUCAUGCCAACAAGCCGAGACAGCAGCUGAACAUGAAACGGAUCUACCUAAUUUCACUUCAAUCCAACAGGACAAUUCCAGUCCUCGAUAUCUUGCUCAAUUAGAACACGAAAUGAAAAUAUGCUUCUUCAACACACAUGAAAGUGUAGAAACCUUUGAUGAUAUCGACGCAUGCUGCCAGUAUAUGAUUACCAGCACAGGUACUCAGACAAUUUUCUUCAUCACGUCUAGUUCAUUCGCUGAAAAAAUACUUCCAUAUCUGGCGGAAAAAUGGAAUUCGAUCAAGAUCUAUAUUCUUGGUGACUAUGUUCCAAGAGAUGUUGAUUUAAUUCAUAACUAUCAAGGGAGCAUCCAAAUUCUUCUAUUUGAUCUCUACAAGAAUCUUCUGAUUCGUAUUCUGCAAGACAUCAGCAAGCAUUAUUUAUCGAAAGGCGUCGAUCAUGGACAUCGUACAUCAUCAGCUGCCAUGUCUGCAUUGGUGUACUUUAAUUGGGCUAAAGAAACUGCAAUUCGGGCAAAUCAGCUCUCAGAAAAUGAUUUUAGAGAUCACUUGAAUGAUAUAGAAAAGCGGAUAGAUGAGACCGAGAAGUUGAUCAAAACGACACAAUUCACUGAUGAUGAUACAACGCGGCGAAUGGAAAUGUGUAGUCUCGACGAAGAUUCGGAUUCUGUGGUAAUAAUAUUCAUCGUCGGUUUGGAAAUGGAAUUAAUCCGUCUUGAUUCUGGCAUCGGGCAGCUUAUCACUUGUACUACGAAUGCUCAACUUAUGUUGGAUUUACCAAAUCUGAAAUCGUUGACUCCAAUUCUUAUCGUUUCACGUACAUUACCAUCCGAUGACCUACUGUCACGUAUGCAGCUGUUGCAUUAUUAUUUUUUUUCAAAACCACAAGAACCGAUGCAAUCUCUGCCGACAAGUGAUCGAAAUGUGAGCUACGUAUACUCGAUCGAUCAUCUAAUGAGUGAACUUUAUCACAAGUUGGGUCAGCACUAUCGAAAGCAUGCUUUUCGAGCGUCUCUUGAUCCUGAAGAUCAACACAAAGCUAAGCGUUUGCUUCAGAAAUCUACACAAUGUUACAAGCUGCUCGAGUGUGAUACGGAAAAAACAUUAAAACGCUAUGCUGAAAUGUUAAAAUAA